CUUGUAUUUGCAAGCCAGUCAAGUUAGCCCAUUUCCUAAAAUGAGCAGUUGUUGGUAUUUGGAUGUAAGCUCAACAUUCAUCAUCUGCAGUAGGAAAUAAACGCUGACCAAAAAGGUGAGUGCGAAAAGGAAAUAACCAGGGAUGCGGAUUCGAGUGGUUCAGAUCUGGGGCUUCCUGAUGACAGUACUGGGUUGGAUCUUUGUGGCUUGCACCAUGGCCAUGGAGGGUUGGAAGAUCAGCUCUGUCGGGGGCAUGGGAGGCUCCUCCAUCUUGAAGGUGGCCUGGUACUGGUCCAGUCUGUGGAGAUCUUGCUUUACAGAUUCAACAGCUGUUAGUAACUGCUACGACUUCCCCGUGCUCUGGUCCGUGGAAGGCCACAUUCAGAUUGUGCGAGGCCUGCUGAUGGCUGCUCUGUCCCUGGGCAUGUUGGGCUUUGUGCUCAGCUUGUUGGGCAUGGAGUGUACCUUCAUAGGGGGGGAAGACAAGUCAAAAUACAAGAAGAUCUACACUGGCGGUUGGUGCCACAUAAUCAGUGGUUCACUGUCCACAAGUGGAUAUGCUGUUUAUGCACAAUAUGUCUCAGUAGAAUAUUUCAACCCAAACUUUAUUGGACUUAGGUUUGACCUCGGCACCCCGCUGUUCCUCGGUUGGGUUGGCUCCGCCUUUCAAAUGGCUGGAGGUGUUUUCUAUUUGUGGUCCGUGUGCAGGCCACUAUUUGGACAAGUACAAACGGUGAUUGUCCGAAAAUUACCAGAUGUGGAAAAAGACCCCAAAACCAAGUCCACCACAGAGCUGUCCUCGGUAUCUGGAAUCACCUCCAAGUCCAAAGCAUCCUCUGUAUCCGAGCUGUCAUCCGUGCCUUCCAACGUGUCCGCCAUCUCUUCGGGAUUGACAUCUGGAAGUUCAGUCCAAUCAGAUCGAGGGUCAAGCACGAUGCGAACAAACACUUCUGCCGGCUCAGUGUCAGCUUCAGAGUCUGGCCUCUUGUCCAGAUCCAGUGCAUCAGCACUGUCCGGGUCACGUAGCAUCCGCAGCAGUCGUAUGACAUCAUUGUCCGGCGGCUCGAGGAGGCAGACAGCGGCUUUCCUAAAGAACUCCUACAUUUGAGUGACACAGACUUGCAUUAAUGACUUCAGAAGACCAGUGUGGCGCUGUUCUUAAGGCUGGAACGCUGUUUACGACAUGUUUCUAUUUUUUAAUGGAGCAAAUGUACCCAGCUAUGUUGCAGUCAAGACCCUUUGACCAAGACGCCAAGACAAGUUGAGUCCCCCAGUCAAGACAAAGACUAGGCAAUUAAAACCAGGUUAAGACUUGGAUGACAAAGUUUAUAGAAUGCAAGCAAACUAAAUUAGACCAAUUUUAGGAGAUGAAAAUCCACCACUUGUCAAAGAACAUUUGAUUUUUCUCCCCCCACCUAAAAACAUUAUAUUAGGCGGCGCCUUCAGUGCAGGAAUCUCUCUUGGUUCGUGGCCUGGAGUAAAAAAAAAACAAUUGUCAGUGUUAGCACGUAUAAUAUCCAAGUACUUAUCGGGCUGUUUCACAAAAUUUGACUCCUACUUGUGUACACUGCAUGCAUUAUUUCAACAAACAAAUCAUACAAGGCAUUCAUGGACCGGUUGACAACACCUGCUCUAACCCAGCGAGCAUUUUAUUUGUUGCCCAGAAAACGGAGCAGAUUUGCGGUGAUGAAUUGCGGCAGUGCCCCCUACCGGUAAAGUUGCUGAACUGGCAGUGGAUUUUUCCUUCACCCGAGAUGCGAGAAUAUCCUGUGAUUAAAAUAAAAUAUGUUUGAAUACAUGUCGA